UACACUCGUCUCUUAUUUCAAGCAGCGCUCGCCGGACACACGCUCCAUUCAUCCCUGCGUCUUUAUUUGCCAGUGUGCUCGACUGGCGUUGUGUGUUUGUAGUCUUCAGACAGGCAUGUCCGGCUCAACUUCCCCGCCUCCCGCGGCAGAGGCUGUAGUACCCGACGGGUGUUUCCCCCCCGGAUACAAGCCUUUCAAACCCGAGGAGCACGGCCUGGAGCGCGGCUUUCGUCUCACAGCAUUUUCGGAACUGAGAGGAUGAGGCUGCAAGGUCCCGCAGGAGACUCUGCUCAAACUCCUGGCGGGACUGGAGACGGACCGGGCCGAUGGGACAGGGAAGGCCGAUGACCAAGCAUCGGAUUUCGGCCAACAGUUGCCCGGCCCCCGGCUCGGUGUAGGGAUGGACUGCUGUGUGAUUCCCCUGAGGCAUGGAGGGCUCUCUCUGGUCCAGACCACAGACUUCUUCUACCCUCUGGUGGAGGAUCCUUACAUGAUGGGCAGGAUAGCGUGCGCCAACGUCCUCAGUGAUCUCUACGCCAUGGGCAUCACAGAGUGCGACAACAUGCUGAUGCUACUGAGUGUCAGCCAGAAGAUGAAUGACAAGGACCGCGAGCGGGUGAUGCCGUUGAUAAUUCAAGGGUUUCGCGAUGCAGCAGAGGAGGGAGGGACUUCUGUGACAGGUGGCCAGACGGUGAUCAACCCCUGGAUCAUCGUAGGAGGAGUGGCAUCGGUUGUCUGCCAGCCCAAUGAGUUCAUCAUGCCGGAUGGUGCCGUUCCAGGGGACGUCUUGGUUCUGACUAAACCUCUGGGGACGCAGGUGGCUGUGAAUGCUCACCAUUGGCUCGAUCAGACUGAAAGGUGGAACAAGAUCAAGCUAGUCGUCACCAAAGAGGAAGUAAAAGAGGCCUAUCAGGAAGCCAUGUUCUCCAUGGCAACGCUAAACCGCACGGCGGCGGGCCUAAUGCACAAGUUCCAGGCUCACGCCGCAACAGACGUGACUGGUUUUGGGUUGCUGGGACACGCCAACAACCUGGCGGCACAGCAACGCAACGAGGUGGCCUUCGUCAUCCACAACCUGCCGAUCAUAGCCAAGAUGGCUGCCAUCAGUAAAGCCUGCGGGAACAUAUUCAACCUGGUUCAGGGCACGUCACCAGAGACUUCUGGUGGGCUGCUGAUGUGUCUGCCCAGAGAGCAGGCGGCCAAGUUUUGCUCGGAGAUGAAGAGCCAGAGCUCCGGCGCUGGAGGUCAGGGGGCGGCGGGCGGAGCGUGGAUAAUCGGAAUCGUAGAAAAGGGCAACCGCCGCGCCCGAAUCAUCGACAAGCCACGUAUCAUCGAGGUUCCGCCCCGAGGAACCCAGGCAGCGAAUCAGGACAACAACUCCACCAGCCCUGCUCCUAGCCCCAAUUUGUCAUAGACACUGCUGCCCCUCUGACACUGGUCCAGUGUGUGUGUGUGUGUGUGUGUUGAGUGUGUGUGGCGCUGUCCAUCUCAUCUCCCUUUUCAGUCAAAACGCUGAGAGCACCCGGAUGAAAAUCACUGUCAUCUUUCCCAGCGGGAGGGGGGGAUGGACAGCAUCCACUUUUAUUUAUCCAUCUUUGGAAAGAGCUGCUGAAAGGAGGCCUACCUUUCACCAUCUUGGAAUUAAAUGUAAAUUCAGGGUAAGGCAAGUUUAUUUAUAUAGCACAUUUUUAGCAACAAGGCAAUUCAAAGAGCUGUACGUAAAACACCAAAACAUUGAGACAAAGUCCAAAAGAAAUGCACUACAAAAGGACAUUUAAAAACCGUCCAAGAGUAUAGACAAUAAAAAGCAAGCUAAAAUAGAAUAAGAUAUAUAUGUUGUGCAAAAAAACUAAACCCUGCUUCUUCAUGUUUAGUUUUGACUCUGGGGACAAAAAUCAGACCUGUCCCCGACGUUCAUAAUGUAGCAGAAGAUCAGGAAUGCCAUUCAGUGCUUUAUAAACCAACAGUGGUAUUUUGAAAUCAAUUCUUUUGACUUAAGUAAGUAUACUGUACUACCCCAUCUCUUCUUAAUUAGAUCUGCAUUCCCGGCCUUUCCUUUAUCCCUUUCGCAAUCCAUAUAGACGACUGAUUUAUAUAAUUGAUCUGAAUGUAAAAACGGACUUUCAAUUCUAAAGAGAAAACAUUCCAAUUCUCGACAGUAAAUAAGGAAAGAUUGAGUGUGAAUGUGCGUGUGUUUGAGUAUUUUAUCAUUCGGGUGGGGUGCUUUGCUGUGUGGAAGUGGAACAGAGGGUUUUUGGUGAUUUAUUUUCUUUUGGAAGUGGAUGAUGUUAAUGUUAGUGAAUGUAUCAUGUGGAAACAAAACGGUUUAUCGGUCCUGGCACCUGGCUCUGCCCACACGGCUCGAAGGAAGGCUUGAGCAGCUUUCUUUGGACCUGCUGGGUAGUGUUCAGAAUGUCCAUCUGCGUCAGCUGAUUGGCCGUCCAGCGACAAGUCCCUCCCACCCUUCCUUUUUAUGAAGCUCUGCCUUUAAACCCCACGCAACGGGGCAGGUGGAGUGGAUGUUUGCCUUUGGAUUGGGGUCGGACUAAGACUGCUGGAGGUCUAAAGCUGUCUGUUCUUUGUAGAUGUUCUGCUUUUCACAAUCAAUAAACCAUUAUCAUCAACUCA